CAUAUACACAUACUGGAUAAAAUCACGCAAUAAUACAGCACGUUUUUCUCCAAACUUGUCUCCUCUUUGCUCUUCUCUCAUACAUAAAAGAACCAGCUGCAAAUUCGACAGCAGCCUAGUCAUCUUACAAAAUAUUCAUUUCAUACUACUUAAUAAUUUAUUUGUAUCACAAAAUGGGAAAAAUUAACAAAAUCCUAAUCACGACAAUUUCCCUCGUAAUUUUUUCCAUCUCAUGGAAUGUCAUCCUCGCCGAGGAAGAAAAUGUGGAAAACACCCCAAAUUCUUCGGAAGAAGACUACUUAGCCACUCACAUUCCCAUUUAUAUCAUCAUCAUCGUAUCACUGCUGACCUUCCAAACCAUCGUGCUCGUCCUGCUGGGUCAACCCCUCAUUUCUCCCACCGGCCUUCGCGUCUGGUGGGGGGACAUCCACUCCCCCGAAAAUUCGCAACAUAUCGCCGAUUGGUACACGUUCACCCACAUGUUGCACGGACUGCUCAUGUUUUACGUGACUUAUCCUCUCCCAAAUCCACCCAUCACGGUCAACGUCGCCUUUCUAAUCGGCCUCGUGACCGCCGUGGCGUGGGAGAUUAUAGAAAAUACGUCCUGUGUGAUUGAGCGGUACCGAAAAACUGGAGCUUCGACGGAAUAUCGUGGCGACUCUGUGACGAAUUCGUUCUUCGACUCGCUCGCCAUGUCGGCAGGAUUCUGGUUGGCGUAUGGGAUCCCGUGGUGGGGUACGUUGGCGUUAGGUUUGCUGGAAGAGGUCGUGCUGGGAGUGGUGAUUAGGGACAAUAUGGUGCUAAACAUUGUGCAAAUUGUGUACCCGUUUAAGUGCAUAUCUGACUGGCAGGAGAGGGGGAAGAAGGAGGUGACGAGUACGGGAGUGCAAGAGAUCAGGAGGGGGGAUGAAGAAGAUGAUUAACUAAAUGUUGUUGAAAUUAGUAUUAAAUUAAGUAUUUAACAGUACAAACAAUGUUACAUUGUUACAUAUGUGAUGGUGCAAAUUUAAGUUAUCCAGUACUCCUGUGAUUUUUAUGUCGAAAUGUGAAUCAGGGUGACCACAGUUAAAAGCAGAGUUACACAAACA